AUGUCAAAUUAAGACAUCAAUGAACUUCCGCAAAUUAAAGUCAAUGUACCCUCUUUCUUGUUGAAAACAUAUGAAAUUCUUGAAGUAUACCAUUUUAUACUAUUAUUUCUUAUUCAGAAUCCCACUCUUUCUCAUAUUAUUACUUGGAAUCAAGAAGGCAAUGCAUUUAUUGUCUUAAAUUCUCAAGAGUUAGCUUCUAAGGUUCUUGCAAACUAUUUCAAGCAUAAAAACUAUCCCAGCUUUCUUAGGUUAUCUUUUUAUUCAUUAUAGAUAGCUUAAUAUGUAUAGUUUUAAAAAAACCAAAAAUCAUUAUGGAUAAAGUAAGUUUAAACAUAAAUGGUUUAGAAAAGGACUAAAGUAAAAUAAUUCUAUAAUAUUACUAGAAGCAUGCUUUAAUACGUUCGUAGAAGAAAUUCCGAAGAUUCUGAGAAUAAAAUUGAGAUAAAGAACACUAAUAAUCAAGAAAUCGAUAAUUAUUAGUAAUAGCAUGAUGAAAUGAAAAAGGUUGUUCGAGAUAUUCAAACAACUUAACUUCAAAUGUAAGUUGAUUUCUCAGCUUCCAUGGAAUAAAAUGCUUCUUCUAAUCGUUCCUGUCACACAAUUAUAUAGGUUUGAAGUUAUUUUUGAAUUUUAGAGUCUCAAUCAAAUGUAAUAGUAGUUCAAUAAAAAAUUUGAUAAUCUUUAUCUCCUCUUAAUUAAGAUUGGUUCUUAUAUUCCUAAUUUUAGUAUUAUUAUCUUAUAUUUUCUAAGCACAUUCAAUUGGAGAUAUUUCUAAAUACUCUUAUGAAGAACCUUCUCCAAGUAGAUUAUUAGAAUAGAAUUAUCUUAUUCCUUUUAAUGAGAAUAAUAACUAAUACAGUAAUUUAGGAUCACCUUAUCAUUAAUACUCUUCCAAUAGUCCCAUUCAUUUUCUUUUGUCCAGAUAAAAUUAAUGUUAAGUUUAUAAAUAAAUUCUAGAAUUUUAAGAUUAUUGCUUUUAGUUUGAUCCAAACAUUUUCUCAUUUAAUAAAUCAAAUCAAUAAUAAUAGCUUGCACUCCCUGCUCCUGUCACAAAUUCAUAUUUACGUAUUCAUUAAUACCUAUACCAUUUAAGCUAGCAAUAAUUAUUCCUUGUAAUCAAGUUCAUAAAAUUCACCUUAUAGAAUUUCAAGUCCUAUUCAUACUUCUUCCAAUGAUUCCAAAAUCCCAGAAAAAGUAUAAUAUUUAUUUAACAAAACUCUAGUUUAAUUUUUUCUAAUAAGCAUGA